UUUUUUUGUUUACAAGUUUGGCUGCGGCGGUGCGACCAUACAAACGCCUUUCAUUUAUACAUAAAACAAAUGAAUGGAAAUCAGAAGAAGCGAAAGUCAUGAUGAUGUUCAGAAGAUCGGGUCAGACGGAGCUCGGGUUUGAAAUAUAGUUCCCGGUUUAUAUCGAUUUAUUCUUGUGCUUCAUGUGGUUUUAUAUGUAAAUGGACUGAAAGCGAACUGAAAGUCAUCAUGCCUUCAUAUGAGGAGUGGAAGAAAAACAUCUGCUUUUAUUACUGGGUUAAAUUCACAUUGAACAUUUAUUCCAUGCUGUUUUCGCUUGUAGGGCUGUGUGUGCUGUGUGUAGGUGUGUAUGCUGAGGUGGAGAGACAGAAACACCGUACGCUGGAGGGCGUGUUCCUGGCUCCGGCGGUGGUCCUCAUCCUGCUGGGUCUGGUCAUGUUCUCCGUGUCUGUGGUGGGAAUGCUGGGUUCCCUGCGCGACAACAAAACCCUGCUGCACAUGGUUCUCGCUCUCAUCAUCGCUCUGCUGUUCGAGAAAAUGACGUCUGAGUUGUUCCAGAAGAACAUACGGCAGGGCAUCAUGCACUACUACGAUGACCUGGACUUCAAGAACAUCCUCGAUUACGUACAAGAGAAGUUCUCGUGCUGUGGAGGGGAUGAAUACAAGGACUGGGAGGUGAACCAGUACCACUUCUGUAACGGUACUGGGCCGCUGGCCUGCGGUGUUCCAUACACUUGCUGCGUUCGCAAAAAAGAGCCUGGAGAAGUAAUAAACACACUUUGUGGCUAUAAGACCCUCACCAAACAGCGUGAAGAUUUAUCCGAGGUCAUACACGUGCGCGGAUGCAUUCACGCCGUGAACCUGUGGAUGGGCGACAACAUCGGAGCCACGAUAGGAAUCUGCUGCGCCAUGUGGUUACCUCAGUUUCUGGGCAUCUUGCUGAGCUGCGUCUUCUGGAACCUUCUGGUGGAGAUGAGCGAAUCGACUGACAUGGUAGACUUCAAGAUAAUCAAGAAGGCUGGAUUCGAGUACAACGAGCUGGACCUGUCUGGCGCCGGCUGGUGCAUGUGCCUGCCCCGUGUAGGCGGCUACCUGCCUAUACCUUACACAGAAGAAGAUCAGGAAAAAGAACCGGAAGCAGAAGCCCUGACCCCUGAUCUCCAUUCUGAACCUGUGACCUUGGAGCAGUUACAGGCGAAGAUCUCCCUCAGCCAAUCGAAUGCGGACCAGCUUGAAGAGGAUGAGGUCGACAGUUGAGUUAAAAAUGGAACCAAGGAGGCGCAAGUUUAUUUAUAUAUAUUUUUCAAUUUAAUUGUGAUUUUUUUUUUAAAUUUAUAUUUUUAGAGCACAGGCUCUUUAAUUGCACUGUAAAGUCUUGCACUACACACCAGCUUCAAUGGUUUUCACGUAGACCUCAUUUUAAAACACUUGAUUUAAAAAAUCAAUUUUUUAUUCCAUUUUAAACAUUUUCUUUUAAUGUUUAUACUCAAAAGGGAUUUUAUGUGCAUAUUUGUCGGGUUUUGCUCGUUGUUUUUUUUCCUGUCACGAAUCGUUUGAUUGACCAAAAAACUGACAUUUUCUUGUAUAUUUUCUUCUGAUUUAGAUUUUUAGCCUAUUUAUUAUGAUUAUUUUUUUAAAUUAAAUACACAGUCAUUUCUAUUCGCCUUUAAUUUGCAUGUAAGUAAUUAAAAGUAGGUGUAGAUGGUGGUAGGUGUCAUUUCUCUAUGGAAUCCAAAUGUUCCAAACGAUUUGUCUAUUUGUAUUCAAUUAUUUUUGUUUUACUUUCAUGUAACUUGCGUUUCCGUUUGAGUAGGGAUGCGUUGAUAUUAACUCAGGAGUUGGUUCAAUCGCAAAUGGGGUACUAGGUGCAAGUUGACUUUAAAUGAUGGUAGUCUUUCAUAAGUGAUAGUUGAGUGAAAAAACAGCACUUACCCUGUACAGAGUUCUUGACGGUUCUUCUCUUGGUCAUUGGAGAGUGAGGGAUUUAAACGUUUUACAAAACAAGCCUUCUGAUUGGCCACUUGAGCAGUAAACCGAACAUGAUGUCAAAUAAAUGUUCCGUUUUAUUCCACAAUGGAUUUAAGUACAAACGUCGUAUUAAUGCAUCCCUAUUUAUUUAAUUUUAACUUACACACUAAGCGGCCACCAUGGUAGAUUUAGCCGCUAAAUAGCCAGUAGGUUUAGUUGUCUAUAAAAUCGUUAGCGUUAUGUAGCUAUAUCGUACGAGGGCGUUUUAGUACCACGUAAAACAAUGUAAUUACCAUUACAAGAUUCAAGUUUUAGCAAUACGAGAAUAAAGUGGUAAUAUGAUGGUAGGAAAAAUCGCAGAAUUUGCAUGAAACAUUUUGCUGUUUCGUAUAAAAUGGAUGUGGAGGAUUUGGCUUAAUUCGAUUUAUAAGGAAAAAGGCAUUUGUUCAUUUUUAUUAGCAAACAAACACUGCAGUGGUUCAGAAAUUAGCGACCAGGGUGUUUCUUAAGGGACUAUGAGGAUGAUGAUCAAAUAAAAACGGCCCUAAAGGUGACCCUGACGUUUUUCUCCCCCUUAAACUAUUACGACUUUAUUCUUGUAUUACUGUAAAUUUCAGUUCAAAAACAUAAAUUAAAAAAAAGUUUUUUUUACGUGCCAUUAAAUUGCUUCCGUAACUUAGUGCUCAGGACAUUAUUUAUUAUUUUUUUUUAACAAAGGAAAACGCGUUCGAUUUGGGAAUUUUAGCCAAUGUUGCUGCUGUUGUUCUUUACAAUCCCGGGAAAAAAAUCUAAAUCAACCCACUGCCUUAAUGCUUAUGUUUUUUCAACGUAUUUAUUUUGUCAGCGAUAAUUCGGGCGAUUUCAAAAAAAUUGUGAUACAACAAUACAAAACAAUUAUGGUAAUGCGAAUUCUUUUGUUUGGUCUUGUUCAUGUGCUCUCAGGUGCUGUAACAGCAAGUGCACUUUUAAAAACAAAUAUUAAUGGUUUUGUACAAAUGAUGGGAAUUUGUAACUGGCGUUUUAUUUCAACUGUGCUUUUGACGACUGCUUGUAGUCAUUUAAAAAAUAAAUAAAUAAAUAAAAGAUUUUUCUUUUGUGGUAAAACACCUGGACUUCGUGACAGACGAUGUCAAGUCAGACAACAUUUGGUACAAAUUUCUGCCUCAAAAAACAUCCGGUUGUUCAGUGCUUCUGUGGUCAUAGACUUCCUGGCGUCUACAUACACGUGAACGAAACCUUUUUGUGGUUUUUUUUUUGUUGUCAUUUUGUCCUGUACAGCUAAAAGUUUGACUUAAAGACGUUAAUACAAACUGUAGCCCUAUUUGGACGGGAUAUUUUUACUUGAUAAAUGUUUUUCAAGGUGACUUUGAGCAAGUAUAUACGUCACUCCUUGUUCAUGGCAUCGUCAUUCUCGUAAACAUCGCACAUCAAGUGCAAUCAAAUAAGGAGAAAAAUUGUACACCUUUUUUUUCUCUUCUCCACACUGUUGCUUUAAACUUGUUGCUGAAGACAGAACUCUUCUGCACCACUGGCCUUACGGGGGUAAAAAAAUAACUGCUGCAGUCCUUGCCAAUAAAAUAUGACUUGCAUUAA